CACACUAAUGAUGGCUGGUAAGAGGUGACGUUGACAGCUCUAAAGUAACUAUCCGAGUUUUCUCGGAGCUUUUUCAUUUUCAUCAUGGAUAGUGAUGUUGCAGCAAGACGGAUGCUGCAAACAAUUUUCAUUCUUUUACUUAUCCAUGCAAUUUCUUGUGGAAUUCAACCGUCGGAGAAAAGAGAACUCAAGGAAAAGGUACUGGAGAUGUUCAACCAUGCAUAUGGCUCUUAUAUGGACCAUGCUUUCCCAGCUGAUGAGCUAAUGCCACUCAGUUGUAAAGGCAGAUACAGAGGAAGUGAGCAGAGCAGAGGAGAUGUGGAUGAUUCCCUGGGAAACUUUUCUCUGACUUUAAUUGAUACCCUUGACACCUUAGUGGUCUUGGGACAAAUUGAUGACUUUGAAGAUGCGGUGAAAUUGGUGAUACAGGAAGUGACCUUUGACACAGAUGUGGUAGUGUCAGUAUUUGAAACUAAUAUUAGGGUACUUGGGGGUUUAUUAGGAGGCCAUGUUGUAGCAGCAUAUCUGAAGAGGGUGAAGAAAGGCAUGUUAUGGUAUAAUAAUGAACUAUUAGUAAAAGCUAAAGACAUAGGAGAACGACUACUUCCAGCAUUUAACACCACAACAGGAAUACCAUACCCAAGGGUCAAUUUAAAGUAUGGUUUAUGUAAAGUGAACUCUAGAACAGGAGUAGAGAAAGACACUUGCACGGCCUGUGCAGGAACCAUGAUUCUAGAAUUUGCUGCUCUCAGUCGACUUACAGGGGACCCAAUAUUUGAAGAAAAAGCGCACAAGGCCAUGGAGUUCUUGUGGAAGCAGAGACAUCGCUCAAGUGACCUUGUUGGAACUGUGAUAAAUAUACAUAAUGGGGAUUGGGUGAGGAGAGAUAGUGGAAUAGGUGCAGGGAUAGACUCUUAUUACGAGUAUUUAUUAAAAGGCUACAUUCUUCUUGGAGAUGAAACCUACCUCAACAGAUUUAAUACGCAUUAUGAUGCUAUAAUGAGGUACGUGAACCAGGGACCUCUCAUGUUAGACGUGCACAUGCAUAAACCUACCAGUAAUACACGCCAUUUCAUGGAUGCUCUCACUGCAUUCUGGCCUGGGUUGCAGGUACUUAAAGGAGACAUCAAACCAGCAAUAGAAAUCCAUGAGCUUCUGUAUCAGAUAACACAGAGACAUAACUUCCUACCAGAGGCUUUCACUACAGACUUUCGUGUGCACUGGGGCCAACAUCCUCUUCGACCAGAGUUUGUGGAAUCAACUUACUUUCUUCAUAAGGCAACAAAUGACCCAUACUACCUGGAAGUCGGGAAGACUGUGUUGAAUAACUUGGAGAAGUACGCCAGGGUGCCAUGUGGCUUUGCUGCCAUUAGAGAUGUCACAUCAGGAGUCCAUGAAGACCAACUGGACUCCUAUGUGCUAAGUGAGACAUUUAAAUAUUUAUACCUAUUAUUUGCUGAGAAGGAAGAUCUUGUGUUGGAUGUGGAUGAGUAUGUGUUUACUACAGAGGCCCAUCUCUUACCACUAAGUCUGGCUGUGGGGAACUAUAGCUGGACUAAACCUGUGGCUGGGAAAAUACCUUUGGCAACCACUGAUGCUAGAGCUCCAGAUUUUGAAGAUGAACGUUUUGAGCGCUCAUGUCCAAAUCCAACAAGUAAUCGUGGUUCUUUUGCACACGACCUCCGCAAAUCACUAAGGGAUGUCGUAAACAGUGCCUGUCCCAAGCCCAAAGAAAGGAGAGUUCCACGAUUGCGGGCAGCAGACUUCAUAGCAGGCAACGCUGACCAGCUGGACCUUCUGAAGAGCAUGGGAAUACGCCUGGCCACCAUGUCAGAUGGCAGAGUACAACUGCUACAUACUGCCUCUGAGGCUGCGUCAUCAGAGGAAGCAGAGGAAGGAAUGCUGUUUAUGCAGGAGAUGAUAGAACUUUCAAAAGCUCAGCAGACAGACAUCCAACAGGAGCCCCGUGUUGUACAGCUGAUGUCCCCACCAUACAAUGGCAAAGUGGUAUUGUCAGCGGGGCCAGCACAGUUUGGAAAGAAACUUACCAAUUUACCUGGGCUCCGUGCCCAGGUAGCAGUGGCAGACCCCUUUAAAGCAUGUACAUUACCUACAAACGCAGCCCAGUUGAAGGGAAAGAUUGUGAUAAUGGAAAGAGGAGACUGUAUGUUUAUAGACAAGGCCAGGCUGCUGCAGGCUGUGGGGGCCUCUGGGGGAAUAGUCAUAGAUCAUAACCCCGGUUCCACAGCCAAGUCCGCUCCGUUGUUUGCCAUGUCAGGGGAUGGGAAGCAGGAUGUGAACAUUCCCAUGGUGUUCUUGUUCCAGAAGGAAGGACAAGAUCUGCUCUCUGCCCUGGCUGAACACCAAGAUCUGGAUGUCAUCAUAGGCCACAAGGCUAAGGACAUGAGUAAAGUCAACACUUUCAAGUACAAAGAUACAUUUUAUGAAGAAGUGAAUAAACCACUUAGCCCUGGAGAAAUAUAUUUCAUGAAGCUAAAAACGGAAAAUGUUGCCAUCCAGAUUGAAUACGUAGAAACUCCACAAGAUAAGUCCCAGACUGAGCCUUUCAUGGAAAUUAUGGAUGAUCCAAAUAAUGUUCGCACGCUAUCUUUCCGUUUUGAUGGCCUGGCUUUGGAGGAAAAAUUAGCCAAGGAGGACCUAGGGACAGCAUAUAUAGCAUUUUUUGAAAAUUUGAAGUCGCACACAAAUUUUGCUCAGUUGAAAAAGCAGGCAAAUUACAGACAAGCAUUAACAAAGCUUUUAGAAUGCGUUUUUGUAUCGGGAGAAAAACAGUUGGAUGAAGCAACAGAGAAGGAUAUAGGAGAUCUCGCCCAGGAAAUCCAAGUGCUUUCAGACCCACAAAAAAUUGACCCUUCAGUCAGUGGUAAAGAACAUUAUGCUGGAGUUCAAGAUUUUGAGGAAAACAAAAACAGUCCAGCAGACAAUGCCCACAUGGGUAUACCAGCUGGUUUUAGGAAGGUGGAAGAAGGGGUUUAUGUUAAUGAUGCCGGAACAAUAUUCAUAAAAAUAGACUCCUCCGAUGAAGGCAAAGCAAAACUCCCACCUCUUCACUCUUCUCAGGAUGAUGUUAGCAAAGUGACCUUAAACAUCAACACAGAGAAUGACUUUAAUAAAGUGCUUCAGAAACUUGUGCCAAAUGACCAGUUGCUGGAUGGGAUAGAUGAAUGGAGGAGGAAUGCCGAUAAGGAAAUGGAGGCAAUAUCUGAACAGUCAGAAGAGGGCAGCACUGAGCCCAGCCUUCAAGAUGAGCCACAUCCCAGUGCAAUGGAGGAAGAUCAGUAUGCUAUAAAAACUGAAAAUUCUGACAGGACUAAAGAAAAAGAUGAAGACAUAAAUGAUGAAACCCAUAUCUCUAGUUCAGACAAUAGAAAUAUAGACAAGAGAAAGAUAAUACAGUCAAGGACUUAUAUUCCAAAAGUGGAAACAAUUAGUGAUCCUGAAGAAGGUGAGGAAUAUGAAAGAAUGCAGUUAAAUAGUGAGCUGUUAGAGAGCACAGAAACAGAAGAUGAAAAACAAAAGAACAAAGAUGAACUAUGAAGAAGCAGUUCACAAGUCAUAAGUUGUAUUAUGAUAUUCUGUACAAAAGGUGAAAGACACCUGCUGUAAUGAAGAUCAAUAUGUAAGUCAGUUUAAAAAAAAUAUCGCCAAAAAUCGCAUCAGAUGGUCAGUGUCAAACAUGGCUUCUUGAUCCGAUCUUGUCUUUCAACAGCAUUAGUCAUUCAGGGUUAUCAGAAAGUCGUACAUGGAUUGCAUUAUAUGACUUAAAGCUACUGGUAGCAAUUCCAACAACUUAACUUGCAAUCGAGUUGUCAUAAAAUGUCUGGUCUGUGUAAUGGUUUAAGGUUUACUCUACUUAAAAUCCACACCAAGUUGAGUAAGUUGUUGAAAGAUGUCUUUUAUUGGAUUGAAGAUAUGUUGAUAUAUCAUCAUUGUGGACUCUUUAGCAAGUCUUCAGAAUCUUUAAUUAUCUAUUUAUUUAUUUUGUAAUAUUAUAAUGAAGCAAAUUACAUACCCACAUGUUAUGGUAAUAGUGAAUCUGUAUAUAUGCAGAUAGAUGAAAGGCGCAUUCACAGCAGAACUUAGAAGGCAUCAUCUCAACCCUGUUGUGAAUACAGAGGGAUCUGUGUUUUCUAGACUUGUUAAAAUUGGAUCAAUCUCUAGUCUUUGUGAACACAUCUUAUUCUCUGAAUUGGCAAUACUUACAUUUCAUCUAUGUGCAAUUCAGACAGUGGUCACAAAGGUCAUGAGUAGUAUUUGGACAAAUUGUUUCGUAGACAGCUGAAGGUAGAUGGUCAUAUUUGGGCAUGCUAUUUUUUAUAAUGAGACAGCAGUGAUCGUAUUUUUAGUAAAUGUUUAUUUAUUUAUUUUUAGUCAUGCUUUUUUUGUUUAUAGUUUAUUUAUUGCAGGAUGAAAUUUGUGAGAAAAUGCAUUUAGAAAUGUUCAGUGCAAUUAAUCAGAAGAAGUCUGAAUGAGUACACAUUGUGAUUUUAAUCAAAUUAGAAUUAACGUUAGUGGUGCAUCAGAAAGAAUGUGUUAUCUGUUUAUUAAAAUGUAAUGUUUACAUGAAUUAUAUUCAUUACCAGAGUAUAAUAUUUAGUAUUAAAUUUGAACUACUAAAAUGAUUAUACUUAUAAUUAAGGCAUAAUAUGUAUAAUGCUGACAUAAAAUGAACUGUUACAUGGAAGUGUAAGAGAAUUCAAAUACAUAUCUUUAAAAAAUGU